AAUCUCAAAAUCUCAUCCAAAAGACCAAAACACUCUCUUCCAUUCCACGAAUUUCCCUUUUUUUCAUUUUCAACGAAAGUCUUGACCUUUGAUUCCCCAACUGGUUCAUCACUCAGUUUCACCAUCUGGGUCUUCACCAUUUUCACCAAAGCUCUUGUAAGUUGUUGAUUCCUUUGCUGAUGGCAUCACUGAGUUCAGCUCCAUUUCUAGUAGAAACCCAUGCUGACACCACUGUGCUACUGCUUCACACUAGCAACCUCAAAAUCCCAGUGAAAUUCAGCACCAUAAAUGCUUCAGUGUUCACCAGAGGGUUUGAUCGUGGUAGAUUGAAGCAUAGGUGUAGCAGGGGUUUACUGUGUCCAUGGGGGACUAAGCACAUUAGAGCUCUUGGUAAAAGCUCUGGGACAAGUGAGGAGGACAAGGAUGAAUCAGAGGAUAGGAUUAAAGCCACCAUUGCAAAGGGCCAAAAGGCUCUUGCUUUGCAAAGGGAGCUUCUUCAACAGAUCGCUGAAGGAAAGAAACUGGUUUCUUCUAUAAGCAGUGAGAGCAUUCCUGAACCAGAUGGGAAUAGUGUUUCUUACGAACCCAGUGGCAAAUCUCUGUCAAGUGACUCAGAUCCACAGAAAGCUUCUGCCAGCAGAGACAAGUCUUUUGAAAAUCAACGUGGUGGCAUUGCUCUAACCGAUUACGGAAAUUCUAGAAAAAAGGAGAUACGAAAGGUCUCAUCUGUAAGCAUUGACCAAGACUCUGAUGAAGCUGAUGGGGAAGACAAUAAAUUCUCACCUGCUGAAAUGACUUCAUCUAAGCAAUAUUUCUUUGAUAAAGGCAAGGAGGAAGGCGAUAAAUUCUCACCUGCUGAAGUGACUUCAUCUAAGCAAUAUUUCAAUGAACAAUUGAAAACCAAGAGAUAUGAGGAAAAUAGCCCCAAAAAUCUGCCAAAUGACCGUCGAAAUAGCAUUGACUCUUCCAGUUUAAAGGUUGAAAGUCUGAAAGGUGUGAGUCAACCAAAUUUAAAAGAUGUUGCUAAUGAUGCUGAGAGUGAAGGUGAAAAAUCCCCACCAUUGGCUGGGGCCAACGUCAUGAAUGUUAUAUUGGUUGCAGCAGAAUGUGCUCCUUGGUCCAAAACAGGUGGGCUUGGAGAUGUUGCUGGGUCAUUACCAAAGGCUUUGGCUCGGCGUGGACAUAGAGUUAUGAUUGUAGCACCACGGUAUGGUAAUUAUGCUGAAGCACAAGAUAUGGGAGUACGGAAAAGAUACAAAGUAGAUGGUCAGGACAUGGAAGUAACAUAUUUUCAUGCUUAUAUCGAUGGUGUCGACUUCGUUUUUAUUGACAGUCCAAUAUUUCGUCAUCUAGAGCAGAACAUAUACGGCGGAAACCGAGUGGAUAUUUUAAGACGCAUGGCGUUGUUUUGCAAGGCAGCUGCUGAGGUCUGUUGGCAUGUUCCAUGUGGUGGUGUUUGCUAUGGAGAUGGAAAUUUGGUCUUCAUAGCAAAUGAUUGGCAUACCGCGUUGCUGCCAGUGUAUCUGAAAGCAUAUUAUCGUGACCAUGGUUUGAUGCAGUACACAAGAUCUGUUCUCGUGAUUCAUAACAUCGCUCACCAGGGCCGAGGCCCCCUUGAUGAUUUCCGCAUUGUGGAUUUACCGGAAAACUACAUGGACCUUUUCAAAUUUUAUGACCCUCUUGGAGGUGAGCACUUCAAUAUCUUCGCAGCCGGUUUAAAGACAGCAGACCGGAUUGUCACUGUAAGUCAUGGAUAUGCAUGGGAGCUUAAAACUUCUGAGGGAGGUUGGGGUUUGCACGGGAUCAUAAAUGAGAAUGACUGGAAAUUCAGAGGAAUUGUGAAUGGAAUCGAUAGCAAAGAUUGGAACCCCCAGUUUGAUGUUCACUUGACAUCAGACGGCUACACCAACUACACCCUGGAGACCCUGCAUAGCGGCAAGCGUCAGUGUAAAGCGGCCUUGCAAAAAGAGCUUGGUUUGCCUGUCCGCGAGGAUGUUCCGUUAAUCGGCUUCAUUGGAAGGCUUGAUCACCAGAAAGGCGUUGAUCUCAUAGCUGAAGCAAUUCCUUGGAUGAUGGACCAGGAUGUGCAACUAAUCAUGUUAGGAACUGGAAGGCCGGACCUAGAACAGAUGCUUAGGCAAUUUGAAAGCCAACACCGCGACAAAGUCAGGGGGUGGGUCGGCUUUUCGGUGAAGACGGCUCACAGGAUAACAGCAGGUGUAGACAUACUGCUCAUGCCAUCGAGAUUUGAGCCGUGCGGAUUGAAUCAACUCUAUGCCAUGAAUUACGGAACUGUUCCUGUUGUGCACGCGGUUGGCGGACUACGAGAUACCGUGCAGGCUUUUAAUCCGUUUGAAGAGUCAGGGCUUGGGUGGACAUUUGAUAGUGCAGAAGCUGAUAAGUUAAUACACGCGUUAGGGAACUGCUUAUGGACCUACAGGGAGUAUAAGAAGAGCUGGGAAGGGCUUCAGAAACGAGGGAUGUCGCAAGAUCUUAGUUGGGACAAUGCAGCUCAGCAGUAUGAGGAGGUUCUUGUUGCUGCCAAAUACCAAUGGUGAAUUCUUUGUAACCACACCAUCUUAGUGUAUGUUUGUUUUCAGUUAGAAGUUAGAAACACUGUUUAGAGCAUUGGAAUGCGGAGUUGUGAUCUACUAGGUGGAAAACGUGAAAGAGAUGUGGGAGUCUUGUUGGUGUUCACGCUGAGUGAACGUGAAUGCAAAUACAGCCUUAGCUUACUGAUCAAUAUGUAUUCAUGCUGAAGGGUUUCAGGGCCUGUGCUAGGGAAAGGAACUGAGCAUUGUGCAAUUUGUUUAUAGGUGGGUUAUUCCUGAAAUUCUUCUACAUAUCUCAUAUCUGUCUCUGGAUGUAAGUAUGUGCCCUUCAUCAUGAUGCUGGUUCUGGAGGAACAAUUUUUUUCAAAGUAAAUAAGGAUUGUAUAAUGCAGUUGAGUUGUGAUACAUAUAUAUGUAUGUCUCUGGCAUGUAGCUACUGAAAUUGCCUGACCAAAAAGUAGAUUAAGCUUAGAAACUUUCUUGUCCUUUUGGAUAAAGAAAGAAAAUAAGAUAGUAUUACCCCCCUGAUGAAGAGAUUCUCUCUCUCUCUCUCUCUCUCUCUCUCUAAAAGAUAGAAAUUGCAAGAGUUAUUGCUUUAUUUUUUA